AUGCACCUGAAGAAAAGCAUCUCACAUUAUGCUUCUUAUGACUCCAACAGUCUUGAGCCAGCCAUCUUUCCUGACAGCAAGGAGUCUCAUGCAAAAAUGGGCCUUAACCACCCUCAGCUUGCGCGCAUGCUGUGUCCUGUCAAACAUCUUGUGGAGUAUCAAAAGUUUCCCUCGCAGACUAAAAACAAGAUUGAAUCUGGCGAGAUUAAGAUGGAUGCCCGUGCCUGGCCUGCUCUUCUAUACAAGGGUAAAGUCGCUGGGGAAUCUUUCAACCAACAGAACAUGCAAGACAGCCUUUUCGAAGGUUACAUUGUCAAACGUGUAGUGUUUUCCUUUUUCAAUUUGUGUAUUGGUGUUGCUAAUUAA